AUGUCGAUAGUCGAUACCAUACUCAGGCCCGACAUGCGGGACCCGAUUCCUCCCCCCUCCAUGCUCGUGCAGCUCAGCAGACCAUUUGCUGAGUCGCUGGGGCUAAACACAAUGCCCUACCAUGUGCAUGAAAUGCUGCUGGGAUUUCUUGGAUACCACCUCAUCCUCCAUGUUUUAUCACCAGCUAUAUCGAAGAUUGUGUGCCCGCAAACUUACCGAGGUUUUAACAAGCGCACACGACUCAACUGGAAUAUCCACUGGGUGUCCAUGAUUCAGUCGUUGUUCAUCAACUCUGCCGCCUUGUGGGUCAUCUUCAAGGAUGAGCAAAGACACCAGAUGGAUUGGAAAGGCAGACUAUGGGGCUACACUCCAGCCAGUGGAAUGGUCCAAGGCUUUGCUGGUGGCUACUUUCUAUGGGACCUUCAGAUCUCCCUGCAAUACAUGUCCAUCACUGGACUCAGUUCUCUUGUGCAUGCCAUUGGCGCUCUGGCAGUGACAUGUAUUGGCUUUAAACCUUUUGGAAAUUACUACGGCCUCUCAUUUGUGCUGUAUGAGCUAUCAACGCCAUUCUUGAACGUUCACUGGUUCUGCGACAAGCUGGGCAUGACCGGGUCGAAGUUGCAAUUAUACAAUGGCAUUGCCUUGUUAGUCACCUUCUUUGGUUGUCGCAUCGUAUGGGGCACGUACUCGUCGAUUUUGAUCUACUCCGACAUCUACAAGGCGCUGACGAUGCCUCCCCGAAAUCCCAUGGCGUCUCUGAUAGAUGACGCAAAGUGCGAGGGCAAUGCAAGUGUCAUGGAAUAUGGUGGGCUAGGCUGCGAAAUUGGAGAUUUGCCAAUGUGGCUCGUUUGUGUAUACCUGAUCGGAAAUACUGCAUUGAGUCUGCUGAACUUCUUCUGGUUCAGUCAGAUGGUCAAGGCAGUGCGGAAACGCUUUGUGCCGCAAGGCGAAGAGAAAGUCAAGAAGGCUCAAUGAGUGGGAGGAAUCUUUGUUAUAACAAGUAACCUAUCUCCUCGCAGCCUCAAGCACCUGUAACGAAGAACGAAUUUAAUUAUUAGC